AUGGCUCCUCUCCGCCGAUACUUGCGGAUCACAAAACACUCUGUCCUGGAAGUCCGCAUCUAUCUAGAUCAGCCUGCGGACGCAGAAGCGUGGCUGCUGAAACGCGACAACCCGGCUUUACCACGGGUAAUACAAGCUAUACGACCGCUCGUACUGCCCAAGCUUCGAGAAGAAAAUGAACGAGGAAAAGGCAGGGGUGGUUCCAAAGGAAAGAGAAAAGGAGUAAAGGAUGUCGUAGUCCAAGACGAUUUCGAAGUUUCAAUCUUCCUGACGGAACUGUCCUCUCGUCACUCGGUCCUGACGAAACAAAAGGUGUUCAAGGACAAGCCUCGCAUUCAGAGCAACUCGGGUAAGCUCACAAACUGGCUUGCAACGGGAACUAGCGAGAAGCCGCUUGUUAUCAACGAAGAUGUCGCAGAACCUAUAGUGAUCAGGGAAGAGGAGGACAACGAAACCAUCAAGCUCAAUGAUAUCCCCGAAGCCAACAUGCCGGAAAAGCAAUCUAGGCGCUCAACACGCGGAAAGGCUACAAGGGUUGACCGAGGUGCAGAUGCACUUAGCGACAGCGAGGGUUCAGACUUGUUCGUCCCUGAACCCUCUCCCACACAGCCAAAGAAUAGGUCCCGCAAAAGUGAUGAAGCAGAGGACGAGGACGAGGAGCCUUUGGAUGGCGACAAGAAGAAACCUGGCCUGAAGACAUGCUAUGAUGGCUUCAGUAUUUACGGUCGUAUCCUAUGUUUGGUCGUUAAGCGCCGUGGCGUACGACACCCAGCGGGAGCAAGCGGUGCCACUUCCAGCCAGGCCAUGCUAGAAAAUUGGGUGUCCACGCAAGCCGUGGCCGAGCCCGUCGACGACGAAGAGGAUGCCGUAUGA